AUGGGGCUCCAAGGCACCAUUUCUCCUCAUAUUGGUAACCUCUCUUUCUUGGUUUAUCUUAAUCUACGCAACAAUAGCUUUUUUGGUUCUUUGCCCCAUGAGAUCAGUCGCCUACAUCGCUUGAGAAUACUCCGGCUGUCAUCCAACCUAUUGGAAGGUAGUAUCCCUCCAACUUUGCAUAAUUGUCGGAAUCUUCGAGAAAUACAUCUUAGUACAAACCAUCUUACGGGCCCAAUUCCAUCAACCCUCGCCAACAUGUCGUUGUUAGAGGUCUUGAAUCUGCAAUACAACAGUCCCACUGGUCCAUUUCCUCUUGUCAUCUUUAACGUAUCUUCUCUAGCCAUAAUUUCUCUUACAGGGAAUCACAUCUCAGGAACUCUUCCAAUGGAUCUCUGCAGACAUUGUCCUAAUCUUCAAGGGCUUUUUCUUUCGGACAACAAAUUCAACGGUCGGCUCCCUUCACAAAUGAAUUACUGUGGAGAGGUUGUAAUCUUAGGCCUGUCAUACAACAAAUUUGAUGGGAGUAUUCCAGAAGGUUUUCAGAGUUUAGAAAAGCUUGAAGUGCUAGAACUUGGAGGUAACAACUUAACUGGUAAUAUACCUCCUACCAUAAGUAACUUGUCGAGGUUAUCUCCAUUUGCCAUUGAGGAUAACAAUAUUAAAGGAAGCAUUCCGAGAGAUUUAUGGUGGCUUCCAAAUCUGUCGCAAUUUGCAUGUGAUUCAAAUUAUCUCACAGGAGUAAUCCCCCAAUACAUUUUCAACAUUUCCUCUCUACAAGAAAUCGCCUUGGCAAAUAAUUCCCUAUCUGGCAAUCUUCCAUCAGAUUCUGGAUUUUCCUGCCCCAAUCUUGAAUAUCUACUGUUUGCUGUUAACAAAUUUAGUGGUCCCAUCCCAUCGUAUCUUUCAAAUUGUUCCAAGCUUGUCCUAAUAGAUUUUGCUUCAAACAUACUCUCUGGACCAAUACCAAAAAGUAUUGGACACUUAAAAUACCUCAGAAUUCUUAAUCUGGAUGAGAAUCAACUAACAGGAGAACCUGGAGAUCAAAAGCUUAAUUUCCUUUCAUCUUUCUCUAAUUGUAGAGUUUUGGAACACCUGGCCAUAUCCUACAAUCCCUUGGAUAUUACGAUUCCAGAUUCUAUUGGAAACUUUUCAACCACCCUUCACACCUUUCUUUUAUUUGGAAGCAAAAUAAAGGGUCAUAUUCCUAUGAGUAUAGGUUUCUUAAAAAACUUUACCUGGCUUGGGUUGAGAAAUAAUAAUUUGACUGAAAAUAUACCGUCCACAAUUGGGGGAUUGGAAGGGUUACAAAGAUUGGAACUUGGUGAUAAUAAAAUUGAAGGAUUCAUUCCGGAAGAUGAAGACAUGGUUGCACAUGUGGGUGACUUUGACAUUGCAAAGAUUUUGGUUGAAAACAAGGAUGCUACACAAACAAAAACUCUUGGUACACUUGGCUACAUCUUACCAGGUUUGAAGUGUUCUAAAGAGUUACCAGAUGAAAGAGUCAAUAUCAAAGAUGUGCUUGUCAAGCUUAAAAAAAUCCAAGUGAAACUUUUUGAAAACAGAAAUGAUGGUGUAUGA